AUGGAGCGGAGCUACCUGUGCAAUUAUUUCUUGCGGUUUUCACUUUUGCAAUCUUCGUUCACUGCAUUCUCGCACACCUGUGUUCACGACACAAUAGCUGCGAUUCGGACCUCUUGCUAUUGAGGAUCAACCAUCGCCAUAUAUAUAGAUUGCAUGCGCCUCGCAUAUCUCGCAAGAUUUUCGCCUCAUCUGCACCCCCACCUGCAUCCAAUCCAAGCCUUCUUAGACCUUUCUUGACGAUCAACAGCUUUCGCGACCUCCUACACCUUAACGUGCACUUUCCUACCUCCAACUGAACGUUUCGAACAGCAAAUCCCCACGUCAAUCGUCGCUGCUGCUGUCGCAAUGGCUGAUAUUAAAGCUCAAGAGGCACCCCUCGCGCACACUGCAGCGGAGGCUCCUGCAAGCACGGAAAAGCCUGAGUCAACCAGUGUUGAGUCUGGCACGCAAGAGAAGGCAUCAGAGGCCGCUACUGUAAAGUCGGAUACGAACGGCACUACCGAUGUCAAGACCACCUCAAACGAGGCUUCCAAACCCAUUGAGGAAUCAAAGAAUGGCAGUGCCCCCGAAGACUCUGCUACCAAUCCAGAUGACGCGGAUAAGCCCCAGAAGUCGGUUGAGCCUGCUGAGAACAAGGAUUCCAGCAACGGCAAGCGAAAAGGUCGGCCCAACGGCAGCAAGGCAGACUUCAGCCAGCUUCCCCAAUCCAGCGACCCUGACGAGAUUCGCCGACAGGUCGAAUUCUACUUUUCCGAUUCAAACCUUCCGCAGGACAGGUUUCUCUUCAACCGAAUUGAGGGCUAUAAAAACAAGCCCAUCGACAUCAAGGUCGUCGCAGAUUUCGGCCGUAUGAAGCGCUUCCAACCUUAUACUGCCGUUGUCGACGCUCUGAAGGAAAGCAAGGUACUCGAGGUCAUCGAAGGCGAAAAGAUCCGUCGCCGGGAACCUAUUGAUGAAGCCUACGGAACCGAACUUUCAACCACCAACCCUGAGGGUGGUCCUGCUGGAAAGGCUGCGCAGAUUUGGAGUGAUAAAACUAUGCCACGCAGCGUCUAUGUAAAGGGCUUUGGCUCUCGGAAUGAGAAUGCCACGACCCAGAUCGACCUUGAGAAGUUCUUCGAUACAUGGGGCCCGAUUAGGUCCGUUCGCCUUCGUCGUGGUGGAGACAGGGGCUUCAAGGGCAGCGUCUUCGUCGAAUUCGAGGAUGAGAAGGCUCAGCAGGCCUUCCUUGCCCUCGACCCAAAACCGAAGUACAACGGCGCUGAUCUUCUGAUCAAGUCGAAGAAGCAGUACUGUGACGAGAAGGUCGAAGAGAAGAUUGCGAAUGGCGAGCUGGACCGGGACGACGUCAACAAGCAGAACAAGGGCGGCAACAGAGGUGGCAGGGGUGGUAACAGAGGAGGUAACAGGGGCGGUAACAACCGCAAUUCGCGAGGCAACGGGCGGGGCAAUCGAGGAUCCGGACGUCAUGGCCGAGGCGGGGGCAGAGGCCGCGACGACAACAGGGGCUCAGGCCGAGAUGGAAAUGAUGGCACGUCGAAGGGAAGUGAGAAGAUGAAUGUUGAUCAGAAGGCGGCUGAGGCCAAGAGCACCACUGAGAAUGGCCAGCAAAAUGCUGUGGAAAAGGACACAACCAGCAAGAAGCGCUCUGCCGAGGAUGACGCCGGGCCUGACGGUGAAGCCAAGAAGACAAAGAGUUCAUGAGCCGUUCUACACAUUCACAGAGCAAUUCUUUCUCUGGGGCUUUGUAAGCAUAUGUUGCCAUACCUGAAUGCAUUUACGGCGCUGGCGUUAUUGGAAUGUUGUGCGGGUCGGCGGUAUGGAUAUUCCAAACCAAAAAAGUUGUUGCUCUGCGAUAUUGUAUUGUAUAUAGUGUCCACCAUCAUAGCUCCCACUGUUGUCCAGUGGCAAUCACUUACAGUAUAUUUGGGACAUGACCACUUCCUCCAAUG